AUGGAAGGGACGAGGUUGGUCAGUUUCAUAGCGAUGGGACUGUCUAGUAUUGUCAUCAUCUCCACUCUGUCAUACAUUCCUUAUAUGCUGACCAGAAUUGACACGGUUUUGGACUCGAUGAAAGUUCACAACGAAGAAUUCCAAGUAGUAGAGACUGCUGUUCGUAUUGGGUUCAAGAAUAUCCGGUCAAGUGGAGUUACCCAUCGUGAACGACGUCAAGUGACAGAAGGCCUAUGCACGUGCGAAGCAGGAAAUGCUUGCGGUGCAGGUCCCAAAGGUAUACCUGGUCAACCUGGUCUGAAUGGUGAAGCAGGUAAGCCUGGAGCUCCCGGAGAACCUGGCUCUAUUGGAAUCGCUCUCGACAAGAUCCAGGUAGACAACAAAGGUUGCAGGAAGUGUCCACCCGGGCCGCCAGGUCAAUUAGGAUAUAUGGGAGCCCAUGGAGAGCCUGGAGGAAUGGGCGAAGAAGGGGCACCAGGCAUGCCUGGUCGUCCAGGAAACCCGGGAAUGCAAGGAAUGCCAGGAGAUAGAGGACAAGAAGGAAAACCUGGCAAAAUGGGAGAAGCGGGACCACCUGGAAACGAUGGCAUUCGAGGAGAGAAAGGACCCGCCGGACCAAAGGGACCAACAGGUGAAAUAGGACCAAUGGGGACGCCUGGCUAUUCAGGACGAGAUGGUGGCGGCGGACCAAUGGGACCAACUGGAGAGCCUGGUCCCGCAGGAUCACCCGGAAAUCCUGGUCUCCCGGGACCAAUGGGUCAUUCUGCCAAUGAGGGUGGACCUGGUGAUGAUGCGAGCUACUGUAAAUGUCCAACGAGGAAACGUGUUGUUGCGGCAGCACAACUCGCCAAAGCUACCAUGGUCUAA